AUGAAAUUCAACUUCUCUCUUUUACUUUUUUUCCUCUUUCUCUCAAUUUCUAUCCUCCAACUCGCUUCAGCCGCCUGCCACGCAGAUGAUGAAACGGCUCUCUUGGCUUUCAAAUCCGGUAUUACCCAAGACCCAUCGGGUCUGCUCAGCUCAUGGAAAUCGGGUACCGAUUGUUGCACUUGGGCGGGUAUAAAUUGCCUCGUCAACAACCGGGUCACAAGCCUUUCUCUCGUCGGCCAACCCGACAAACCCAACACCUUCUUAACAGGUACCAUCUCAUCCAACCUUGUCAAGCUCAAAUAUCUAGAUGGUAUUUAUCUCCAAAACCUCAAAAAUCUCUCGGGUAAGUUUCCGGAUUUUCUAUUCGGGUUUUCCAAUUUAAAGUAUAUUUACAUUGAACACAACAAGCUUUCGGGUCAAAUUCCUGCAAAUAUUGGCAACUUAACCCAGCUUGAAGCACUGAGUCUGUCUGGAAACCAGUUCACCGGGAUCAUACCGAGUUCAAUCACCAAAUUGAUUCAGUUAACUCAGCUGAAUCUCGGUCAAAAUCUUCUUACCGGUAAGAUUCCGGACAAAAUGGGCAAGCUGAAGAACUUGACUCUACUGAGUCUCGACCAUAACCAACUCACUGGCACCAUACCAAAUAAUUUUUCAUCAUUUACAAAUCUCAGAAUUCUGAGACUUUCUUUUAAUAAUUUAUCAGGAAACAUUCCUUCUUCAAUUUCUUUGCUUGCACCAAAACUCCAAUAUCUAGAACUAGGCCACAAUGCACUUUCAGGGAAAAUCCCAGAUUUUCUUGGAAAAUUCCAGGCACUGGACACCCUGGAUCUUUCCAGGAAUAAAUUUUCAGGAACCCUGCCAAAGAGUUUCGGAAACUUGACAAAAAUAUUCAAUCUCGACCUCUCUUACAACUCUCUCAAUGACCCAUUUCCUGUUAUGAAUGUUAAAGGGAUUGAGUCGCUAGACUUGUCAUAUAACAACUUUCACCUGAAGCAAAUACCGAAAUGGGUCAUUUCAUCACCUAUUAUUUACUCGCUCAAGCUGGCAAAAUGUGGGCUUCAGCUGAACUUAAGCGAGUUUCAGCCCGCCGAAACGUACUUCUAUGACUACAUUGAUCUGUCUGGUAACGAAAUAUCGGGCAGUCCGGUUGGGUUGCUGAAUCGGACGGAUUAUCUGGUGGGGUUUUGGGCUUCGGGGAACAAGUUAAAGUUUGAUUUGGAGAGUUUGAGGAUUGUGAAGACAUUGAAGACGUUGGAUUUGUCGAGGAAUUUGGUGUACGGGAAGGUGCCGAAAGGAGUUUCAGGACUUGAAAAAUUGAAUGUGAGUUAUAAUCAUCUGUGUGGUCAGAUUCCGGCAAAUAAAUUUGCCGCGAGUGCUUUUGUGGGGAAUGAUUGUCUUUGUGGAUCUCCAUUGCCGCCAUGCAAAUAGUUUAAGAGCAUUAAGAAGUAAGAAGUUGAUGGUAUUGGAAAUGUGCAUUACAUUAAGCAUGGAAAUGGAAAGAAAGUGAAAGGGCUGUGCCUGUGAAUGAAUGACUUCUGCUAUUUUGAUUAUAUGAAUAAAAGAAUGAAAUAAAAUAAUAGAUUUUUUUUUU